GCGACAGAGAAAGACACAGACAUGGCAGAAGAAGCUCCAGCAGUUCCCGCGGUGAAAGCCCCGGCCAAGGCUCCCAAGAAGAAGGCGGCUCCCCGGGCAAAGAGUGACGGACCCUCCCUCCCGAAGCUCAUCCUCGACGCCGUGACUGAGGCCAAGGACCGUAAAGGCACGUCGCUUCCGGCUAUCAAAAAGACGUUGGCCACCAAAGGCAUCGACCUGGAGAAGUCCAACAAACGCAUCAACACCGCCGUGAAGAAGCUGGUGACCGACGGAAAGCUGGUCCAGAAUAAAGGGAUCGGUGCAUCCGGGUCCUUCAAGCUCCCCAAGGCUCAGCCUAAAGCCGCCAAAGCGGUCAAGAAGACUCCCGUUAAGGUGAAGAAGCCCGCUGCCAAGUCCCCGCAGAAGAAAACUGCCGCUAAGAAAACCGCUGUGAAGAAGACCGCAGUCAAGAAAACCGCCGCUAAGAAACCAGCAGCCAAGAAGCCAGCAGCCAAGAAGUCUCCUGUGAAGAAAGCUGCCAAGAAGCCAGCAGUGAAAUCUACCCCCAAGAAGGCUGUCCCUAAGAAGGUCGCAAAGAAGAAGACCCCUGUGAAGAAAGCUCCGGCAAAGAAAGCUGCAGCGAAGAAGUCCAAGAAGUAAAGUGGCUCUUUAACCUGCACGCAGUGCACCAAAAGGCUCUUUUAAGAGCCACCACACAUUCACCAAAGAGCUGAUUUCCUACAUUAUCAUGUCUGG